CGGCAAUGCACACUCGCUUGACCUACACUUAUCUUCCCCAGUUGACCCAAAUCAACCCUCAUUGAUAAAUCAUAAACCCUCAAAUUUCUCAAUUUCUCUUUUCACAGAGGCAUAUAGUUCCUAUCACAAACGGUUCGGAUUCGGAUCCGGAAUGGCUGUACGGGCGACUAUGACACGGUUCCCGGGCGACCCGGAUGCCCAGGAGGCGUGCGGCUUGCCGUGGGGCGUCACGUUGACUCCAUUUGCUACAAAGGAUGAGAACAGCUGCCCGCCGGUGUACGGAUCGGAAGGGCAUUUGUUGCCUCGCUGCGAGAAUUGUUGGGCUUAUUACAAUACGUAUUGUGACCAGGAGCAGUGGGCAUGGACCUGUGCCCUUUGCGGCACACUCAACGGGCUUUCAUCUCAGUCAAUUGCCAGAUAUUCCCUCCCGGAUUCGUGCCCGGAAAUUUUGUCGUCAUUCAUCGACCUUGAAUUGCCUCUGGAAGGAUCCGAGGAAAUGCAGCCAAAGCCAGUGUAUGUUGCAAUGGUUGAUCUUUCGUGUAAGAUUUGCUCAACUCUAUGGUAAAAUUUUGUAAGUGAAUUAUUU